AGGUCCCUCAGGAGAUCGUGGAUGGCGCACCGUUUUAUGUUUCGAGUACUGCCCCACUUACGAACCAAGAUUAGAUUUCUGAGGACGAGUUCAUUUAGCAACUCUCGUCUUCCUCUAAAUUCACGAUCGAGCUUAAAUUUUCUAAAACGUGUUUCCAGUUUUCACGUUUCUGUUCAGACUUUGCUAGGAGUCCCCCGAUCACGACAAUUGACAAUGGAAGGCCUCUACAGUUCCUGGCAAUCUCCUUCCCAAUCUCUUCCAAUUCCGGCGGACACCCUUGUUCCUGAAACACACACCUACGCAGGAGAUUCCAACUUUCGUCCAUCUCCAGAAACCUCAUCUGAAUGUAAUCUGGGCCAUCCAGCUGCAAAGCCACAUUCGAUAGCCUACGCUUCACCCCAUCCCACGCGUCCGUACCCCAAAUGUCAUCCAUCACAAUCAGAUACCGUCGGCCGUAUAAGCUUUGAUACAGUUUUUGUCCUAAUUCUUCAUAUUCGCUGUCCUCACUCCCCAUGGUUUUUUUCAAACAGUCAAGGACUUGUAACAAAAUCUUUUUCGAAUCAAAUUCUUGAGAGACUGUAG